UUGAAGUGUAUCGCUAUGAUUAAUUAGGCAAGUUAUGACGGAGUAUACGCCUGUGAAGGUCGUCCGAUGGAACGUCCUUUACUUAAUGCUGACGAUUGCCAGAACUCAAGGUGAUUUGUUGCUGAUAUCUGACAAACAGUAUGCACAGCUACACGGUGAUAUAACGUUAAUCUGUAACACGAGUGAUAGUGUUACGUCGGCUGAGUUUAAAAGAGAUACCAACAAUGUUGGAAAAUGCACAAUAUUUAAUUGUGAGACAGAGAAUAGAGAAAAGUUCGAUGUGAACAAAACUACAACGCCUGUAGUAUACAACAUAUUUACCUUAACGGUAAAAUAUUUUGAUGAGACCGACGAAGGCUUGUACACUUGCGUUAAUAGUGAUAAUAAAAGCCAGUACUCUGAAAUAUAUAUCACGUAUGCAGUUGACAUCACGUCAGUGACACUUACUCCUAAGACGGACCCUCUAUCUGUGAUUGAAUACGUCCCGCAACAUUUUCGCUGCGUUACGUCAACGUGUCGUCCGGUGGCCACAGUAAUGUGGUACCUGGGCUCCACCCAACUCACUUUUGGAAUUGAGUCCAAUACCUCAAACUACGUCACUACCAGUACACUUGAAUUUACCCCACAGAAAAACCACACGGGCAUGAUACUCAACUGUCGAGGAGAUAAUGGUGGUCAGCUACUUUCAUCUGAUGACAAACCUAGGCUUAACGUUCUUUAUGGACCAAGUGAACCAGUUUGUAAACAUGGUGGAUUAGCUUUGUCCUCAACUGUAGCAGUAAAAGAAGGCUGGGAGUUCCGCUUAGACUGUAGCAGCGACGGAAAUCCGUCUCCAAGCUUUUCCUGGACCCACCCUGGGGAUGGACCAUCUUAUCCUCUCUUCAUACGCAGCAUCAACAGAACACACGCUGGAAUUUUUAGGAUACAAGCAAGGAACUCCUUGAUUCCAUCAAAUCAACAGGCAGUUAACCUCACAAAGGACAUAAAUAUUACAGUCGAUGUUCAAUAUCCACCGGAUCCACCGAACUGCAGCGUGGGAUCGACUGCCAUAUCAGACCUCGUAUCUGCAAUACGCGGAAAUACUAUUACAAUCAGCUGCUCCUGUGAUAGCAAUCCGCCAUCCAGAUAUUCGUGGUCUGUAACUGGAGUAUCCACUCCAACUUCUGGACAAAGUUUUGACCUGCUCGUUCAAAAUGCGACUACGAUAACGUUUACCAUAGUAAACAGCAUGCAGUUUACAAACAGAAGCACUGAACAGGGGAGACGCGAGUCGUCAUUCGACGUCAAAGUUCUAUACCCACCGAGUACACCUUCUUUUCACUUCGGAGGCCGAUUUGGAAAAAUAAUACCAGACAACACACUGACCGUCAUUCGGGGCAAAGUUACCACCGUGAUAUGUGAGUCCUCUGCCAAACCACCUCCUACCUAUACUUGGAAUGGAAAUAACAAUACGCUGACGUUUACGCCUACAGUUGAUGAAAACAAAGAGUGCUGUGUUCGCAACAGUAUGGUUACGACGGGAUACGGAACAGUGUCGGGAUACAACUCAUCAGUUCUUAAGGUCAAUGUUUUAUUUGCACCAACUUUUCCUACUUUCCACUUCGGAGGCCGAACCGGAGCAAAUAUAUCAGGAAACUCUUUGUCGGUUAUUCGGGGAAACAUAACCACCAUCACAUGCAAGUCCACAGCCAAUCCAAUGCCAGUCUACACUUGGAAUGGAAACAACAGGACGUGGACGUUUACGCCGACAGAUGACGAAAAUAGAACAUGCACGGUGCGCAACAGUAUGGUUACUACUGGAAACAAAGCAGUGCCCGGUAACAACUCAUCAGUUCUGAACAUCAAGAUAUUGUACCCACCGAGUACACCUUCUUUUCACUUCGGAGGCCGAGCUGGAGAAAUAAUACCAGACAACACACUGACCGUCAUUCGGGGCAAAGUUACCACCGUGAUAUGUGAGUCCUCUGCCAAUCCACCUCCUACCUAUACUUGGAAUGGAAACAACAACACGUUGACGUUUACGCCUACAGUUGAUGAAAACAAAGAGUGCUGUGUUCGCAACAGUAUGGUUACGACGGGAUACGGAACAGUGUCGGGAUACAACUCAUCAGUUCUUAAGGUCAACGUUUUAUUUGCACCAACUAUUCCUACUUUCCACUUCGGAGGCCGAACCGGAGCAAAUAUACGAGGCAACUCUUUGUCCGUUAUUCGCGGAAACAUUACCACCGUCACCUGCGAGUCAACAGCCAAUCCAAUCCCAGUCUACACUUGGAAUGGAAACAACAGGACAUGGACGUUUACGCCGACGGAUGACGAAAAAAGAACGUGCACUGUGCGCAACAGUAUGGUUACUACUAGGAACGAAACAGUGUUCGGUAACAACUCAUCAAUUCUGAACAUCAAGAUCUUGUACCCACCGAGUACACCUUCUUUUCACUUCGGAGGCCGAUUUGGAAAAAUAAUACCAGACAACACACUGACCGUCAUUCGGGGCAAAGUUACCACCGUGAUAUGUGAGUCCUCUGCCAAACCACCUCCUACCUAUACUUGGAAUGGAAAUAACAAUACGCUGACGUUUACGCCUACAGUUGAUGAAAACAAAGAGUGCUGUGUUCGCAACAGUAUGGUUACGACGGGAUACGGAACAGUGUCGGGAUACAACUCAUCAGUUCUUAAGGUCAAUGUUUUAUUUGCACCAACUUUUCCUACUUUCCACUUCGGAGGCCGAACCGGAGCAAAUAUAUCAGGAAACUCUUUGUCGGUUAUUCGGGGAAACAUAACCACCAUCACAUGCAAGUCCACAGCCAAUCCAAUGCCAGUCUACACUUGGAAUGGAAACAACAGGACGUGGACGUUUACGCCGACAGAUGACGAAAAUAGAACAUGCACGGUGCGCAACAGUAUGGUUACUACUGGAAACAAAGCAGUGCCCGGUAACAACUCAUCAGUUCUGAAUAUCAAGAUAUUGUACCCACCGAGUACACCUUCUUUUCACUUCGGAGGCCGAGCUGGAGAAAUAAUACCAGACAACACACUGACCGUCAUUCGGGGCAAAGUUAUCACCGUGAUAUGUGAGUCCUCUGCCAAUCCACCUCCUACCUAUACUUGGAAUGGAAACAACAACACGUUGACGUUUACGCCUACAGUUGAUGAAAACAAAGAGUGCUGUGUUCGCAACAGUAUGGUUACGACGGGAUACGGAACAGUGUCGGGAUACAACUCAUCAGUUCUUAAGGUCAACGUUUUAUUUGCACCAACUAUUCCUACUUUCCACUUCGGAGGCCGAACCGGAGCAAAUAUACGAGGCAACUCUUUGUCCGUUAUUCGCGGAAACAUUACCACCGUCACCUGCGAGUCAACAGCCAAUCCAAUCCCAGUCUACACUUGGAAUGGAAACAACAGGACAUGGACGUUUACGCCGACGGAUGACGAACAAAGAACGUGCACUGUGCGCAACAGUAUGGUUACUACUAGGAACGAAACAGUGUUCGGUAACAACUCAUCAAUUCUGAACAUCAAGAUCUUGUACCCACCGAGUACACCUUCUUUUCACUUCGGAGGCCGAGCGGGAGCAAUUAUACCAGACAACACACUGAACGUCAUUCGGGGCAAAGUUACCACCGUAAUAUGUGAGUCCUCUGCCAAUCCACCUCCUUCCUAUACUUGGAAUGGAAACAACAGGAGGUUGAAGUUUAAGCCUACAGUUGACGAAAACAAAACGUGCAUUGUUCGCAACAUUAUGGUUACGACGGAAUACGGAACAGUACCGGGAUACAACUCAUCAGUUCUUAAGGUCAACGUUUUAUAUCCACCAGGAACGCCUGACCUCAGCUUUCCAUCCUGCCUUGGCGAGCCAAUUACUGUGAACACGUCAAUUAAGGUCAUACAGGGACAACCGGUAAAUGUGACCUGUAGCGCCUCGAGUAGGCCCGCCCCGACCUACAGUUGGUCAAGACACCAAUCGAAACAAAGCAACGUGAUGUGGAUACCAAAUGCACAAACGUCUCAUCAAGGAACAUACACGUGCAAGGCAGAGAAUAUCAUGGAUAUCACAUUCGGUGGACCUAUUGGCACAAAUAGCUCAAAGCACUUUCAUCUUGAAGUUCUCAUGCCUCCUAUGGUAAAUCCGCUGACAAACGUCGUGGUACUUGAGCGAGGCAAUGUUUCUGUGGUUUGUCAGGUAACUGAUGGUGUUCCGAACAAGACCGAGUUUAAAUGGGAGAAAAUGUCUGAUAUGACCCCUAUCUCAAUGGAGCAGACACUGAGCAUCGACAAUAUUGAUCGAAAACAGGGUGGGAACUACACAUGUACAGCUUCAAACCUCAUGAGACCUACAGGAUGUAACGCAACCGUUGGCAACAGUAGCAACACAGUAAACAUCGAUGUACAAUAUGAGGCAGAAGUGACGAAUUUUACAGUAUCGAAUUUUAAUCACGGGCAAAACAUUGAAGUAGAUGAAAACACGCAAGUCAUAUUUUAUUGCCAAGUUCAGAGUAAUCCCUUAUCAAAUAUAUCGAUGUUAAAGGAAACCCAAGAUUUAAAGACUGCCAGUCACACAAACGAUUUGGAAUUCACGAUCAGCAAAAGUGUAUGUGAGGACGAAGGUACUUACCAUUGCACAACACAAAAUGCACACAAUACUGAAGCUGAUAUUAGGUCCUUGACGCUAUUCGUAAGAUGUGCUCCUCGUGCAUCGUCGUUGGCCCCAAGAAACCAGAGCAUAACAAGAUCUACCGGAGUGCCUGCAGUAUUCACUCUAAAGCUAGUAGCUUUCCCACGGCCACGAGUGGCGGACAUUAUUUGGGAAAAAAAUGUUUCAGAUCGGAACACGUGGGUUAUCGUUCGUAAUGACACAGAUAUUGACAUACUGAUUUCUGAAGACGGACUUCAAACUCAAUUAUCCUUUAGUUCCGUAAAGGAAGACGAUUUCGGUUAUUACCGCGUACAUGUCAACAACGAACUUGGAAAUUAUACAGAAUCGUUUAGACUGCAGGCGCAAGAGCAUCCGCAUUCUCCUUCCAGUCUGCAACACUUCCAAAAGGCCACAGUUGACACGAUACAUAUUGAAUGGACACCCGGAUUUGAUGGAGGUCUGCCCCAAACGUUUUACAUAGAAUACAGGGAAGUUGGAGCGUCUGUUUGGAGGGAGGAAAGAGGCAUCGCUGGACAAAUCAAUUACACUAUAGUUGGAUUAAAUCCAGCGACAAUGUACGAGAUAAGAGUCUAUUCCACAAAUGACAUUGGUAGAUCAAAUGCAUCAGAGGCUAUAACAGCUAGCACAUUGAAAACCCCGGAAAGCGGCAGACCACCUGUGGUGCUUAUAUCAGUGUUAGUUAUCGUUGUAUGUGUAGUCUUUGCGGUCGUUGUUAUAAUAGUGGUAAUCAAAAAAAGAUUAAAAGGGAAAACUACAGCAGAUAUGGACCGAUUAACUAUGCACCAUAACCUACAAUCGUUGGGUAACCCUAACACGGACGGGACGGACGAUGACGAAGAUGCUAAUCCAGAUGGACAAUCCGUAUCUGGAACAGACAGCCCCGGAUGUAGAGCAGCCCUGACGUACGAGGAUUUAUCCAAGACAACAGAGGCAUCGGAUUACGAUGCUCUAAAAGCAGGAGACAAUGGAUCUGGUACAGCCAGCUCCAGCUGUAAAGCAGCCCAGACGUACGAGGAAUUGUCAACGAAAACAGAUACAUCGGUUUAUGAUGCUCUGAAAAAAGGAGAAAAUUGGUAAGAUAAAAGCAUGAAUAUAAUACAUUGAAACUGUAAG